CCGGGGUCCGCCUACUGGAGGGGCGGGGACCUUCCUCUGCGGAGGUUUGGGCCUCGGCGGCCUCCGUUCGCAGCGGGCUCGGGAGAAGGCGCGGCGACUGCGGCGGAGCACCGCAACUCCGCAGACCAUGGAGUUCGACUGUGAGGGCGUGAGGCGGCUGCUGGGCAAGUACAAGUUCAGGGACCUGACUGUAGAAGAGCUGAAGAACGUGAACGCGUUUUUCCCACACUUCAGAUAUUCCAUGGACACCUACGUUUUCAAAGAUACUUCCCAAAAAGACCUGCUGAAUUUCACUGGUACUAUUCCUGUGAUGUAUCAGGGUAAUACAUACAACAUACCUAUUCGCUUCUGGAUUUUGGAUUCUCACCCUUUUGCUCCACCCAUUUGCUUCUUGAAGCCAACUGCAAACAUGGAAAUCUCAGUUGGAAAACAUGUGGAUGCCAAAGGCAGAAUAUACUUGCCCUACCUCCAAAACUGGAGCCAUCCUAAAUCUGUCAUUGUUGGAUUAAUCAAAGAAAUGAUUGCCAAGUUUCAAGAGGAACUUCCUCUUUAUUCGGUGCCAUCAUCCAAUGAAGCGCAGCAGGUUGACUUGCUAGCCUAUAUUGCAAAAAUCACAGAAGGUGUCUCAGACAUAAAUUCAAGGGGCUGGACAAAUCAUGAGAAUAAAAUACACAAUAAAAUUACUGUGGUUGGAAGUGGAGAUUUGGGUAUUGCCUGCACAUUGGCAAUUUCAGCAAAGGGCAUUGCAGACAAGCUGAUCCUUUUAGACCUCUCCGAUGGGACUAACCAAGGGACGAUGGACCUUGAUAUCUUCAACCUGCCUAAUGUAGAGAUCAGCAAAGAUUUGUCUGCCUCUGCUCAUUCCAAGGUGGUGAUCUUCACAGCCAACUCUUUGGGUGGUUCCGAGUCCUACCUGCAUGCCGUGCAAAGCAACGUGGACAUGUUCAGAGCUCUUGUCCCAGCUCUGGGACAUUAUAGUCAACAUGCUGUCUUCCUUGUUGCAUCUCAACCAGUGGAAAUCAUGAGCUAUGUGACAUGGAAACUAAGCACAUUUGCUGCAAAUCGAGUGAUUGGGAUUGGAUGCAAUCUAGAUUCACAGAGAUUACAAUACAUUAUUACGAAUGUUUUGAAGGCACAGACUUCAGGCAAAGAAGUAUGGGUUAUUGGUGAACAGGGAGAAAAUAAAGUGUGCUCAUGGAGUGGCCGAGACGGAGUAAUGAGUCAUAGCUCUCAGGCACAGCUGUCCAGCAGAGCCAUGGAACUAUUGAGGGUAAAAGGUCAGAGAUCUUGGUCUGUUGGACUGUCUGUGGCUGACCUGGUGGACACUAUUGUAAAUAAUAAAAAGAAAGUGCAUUCUGUAUCAACUCUAGCAAAGGGAUAUUAUGGUAUAGAUAAUGAAGUGUUUUUAAGUUUGCCAUGCAUCCUGGGAACCAGUGGAGUAUCUGAAGUCGUCAAAACCAGAGCAGAAGACACAGUGACAGAGACACUCCAAAACAGUGGGUCCUCAAUCCACGAUCUCCAGCAGCAGCUGAAACUGUGAUUCCCAAGUGCAGGCACUUGAAGGAGGAAGCUUGCUUAAUUUUGCCAGCACGCAUAGUUUUGGGAACUUACACAACUUACUAUUUGUUCUUACAAACAGCCUUUAUAGUAGAUAGCUUCUUAGCUAGCUUUGUAAUUUGAAGCCUUGAGAAGUUAGAGAAUGGGAAAGGAUCUAAUUUCUUUUGGAGUUUUUGACAUACCUACAGCAGGGAUAAAUAUUCAUUUGCAUUGUGUAUCAUUUUAAAUUGCAUUUGUCCUAACUUAAGGCACAUCUAGCACUUUAGAGGUGUUCUGAAAGAAACUCCUUCCUUAAA